AUGGAGCCCUUUGCAGACGUGAGUUGCAAUUUGAAAGUGAACGUCCAUUGUGAUUCUUGCAAGAUGAAGAUGAUGGAAGUGUUGCACUCUGUACGGGGAGUGUAUGCAUUGACAAUAGAUGCAGAAAAAGGAUUAGCAAAUGUUUGUGGAGAGGUUGAUCCAAACAGGUUGUUAUUAGCAUUGUUAAAGUCAGGGCAACAUGCAGAAUUAAUAAAUGUGAAAUUGAAGCAUCCUGCUCUUAGUACUCCAAGAAAUCAAUAUGGAUACAACAAUUAUGGCCAUAUUGGACAUGGCUAUAAUAACUACAAUUCACUAGAUGGACCUUAUGGCUACAAUCAUGCAUUGGAUGAGCCAAGCUCUUACUAUCCUACUAGAGGAGCCAUGGUUGAUCAACCUUACAAUGGCUUGAGCUACCACAACUCUUCUCCUUAUGUUAGCCAUGAAUCGUCUUCGUAUUUGUAUCGACCUCUAAUCAUGGAUCAUGUCAUUAGAGAAGAACCUAUGAAUUGGUGUAGCAUUAUGUGA